AUGGACAUAGUAGGCCCUUUGCCGCCAUGUCAAAGUUAUCGGUACUGCCUCACUUGCAUUGACCGUUACACGCGAUGGGUGGAAGCAUACCCUUUCGAAAAUGUUACCGCAGAGUCAGUCGCCUACGCUUUUUACUCGAAUUGGAUAUGCAGAUUUGGCAUACCAUUGAGUGUCACCACCGAUCAAGGGCGCCAAUUCGAAUCGUCGCUUUUUCGUGAUCUCAACCGACUUCUGGGUAUUCAGCACCUCAAAACAACGGCGUACCACCCCGCCGCAAACGGUAUUAUAGAGCGCUGCCACAGAACGCUGAAAACUGCGAUUAAGUGUUACCAAACAGAAAAAUGGGCCGAAGUAUUGCCAUUAAUUCUUCUGGGCUACCGCUCGUCCUACAAAGAAGAUAUAAAGUCAACGCCAGCAGAACUAGUAUACGGUGGGACACUUCGAUUGCCCGGUGAAUUUCUCCACCACGCGUCUAAUGCCAAUGCUACUCUCGCAGAAUCCGAUUUUGUAAAUGACCUGCGAGCAAGAAUGCGCAAGCUAACGCCGACUCACACCGCCAACCACUCGAAGCCAUCCACUUUUAUCGAGACUCGAUUAACAACGACGCCCUACGUGUUCGUUAGAACAGACAGCGUACGCCGACCACUCCAGGCCCCUUACGAAGGGCCAUAUCUCGUUCUAAAACGAUGUGAAAAAUAUUACAAAGUCGACAUUCGCGGGAAGCAGGUGAACGUUAGUAUCGACCGUUUAAAGGCUGCGUACGUCGUUAACGAAGACCAAGAAAGCACUCCAUCGCAUACCAAGCAGCCGGAAUACCACACGCGUUCAGGCCGUAAAGUUCGCUUUCGUUUUCAACAGAAGGGGGAGUAA